UUGAACUCCAGACACUUUAUAUACAAAUACCAAUACCAAAAUGAUGGCAAUGCCCGAUUCCGACUCUGAGGAUGAGCUGCCCCCUGGCUGGGAGGAACGUGCCAACGACGAUGGUGUCGUUUGCUAUGUCAAUCAACAAACUAAGACGACACAGUGGACGCAUCCACGAACUGGACGAUCCAAGCGGAUUACCGGCGAUUUGCCGCUGGGCUGGGAGAAAUACUACGACGGGCAAAGUCAACGUUUUAUGUUCCACAACAAAGAAACGAAACAGCGCACAAAUAUUGAUCCACGUCUGGCAUUUGCUGUCGAGGAGCCGACACUAAAUAUUAGUCAAGUGCGUCAGCGCUUUGAUUCGUGCAGCACCGCGCUGCAGAUAUUGCAUGGCAAAGAUUUACACGGCCGUGUGGCGCUCAUAACAGGUGCAAACUGUGGCAUCGGCUUUGAGACAGCACGUUCCUUAGCUCUACAUGGCUGCGAUGUCAUCUUCGCCUGCCGUAAUUCAAGUACAACAGCGGAGGCCAUUGAGCGCAUAGCACAGGAGCGUCCGGCAGCACGUGCCCGGUGUCGUUCAGUGGCCUUGGAUUUGGGUUCAUUGCGCGCUGUGCAGCAGUUUGUAGAGGAAAUCAAGCAGAGCGUUGUUCAUAUCGACUAUCUGAUAUUGAACGCCGGCGUCUUCGCUUUGCCACAUACGAAAACUGUCGAUGGACUCGAGACAACAUUCCAAGUAUGCCAUUUAUCGCAUUUCUAUUUAACGCUGCAGUUGGAAACACUAUUUGACCACCGUACGCGAAUUGUCGUAGUCUCAUCUGAAUCACACAGAUUUGCCAAUCUGCCAGUGGAGAACCUAACGGUGCAGCAUUUGUCACCGCCUGCAGAGAAGUAUUGGAGCAUGAUGGCCUACAACAAUGCAAAGCUGUGCAAUGUUUUGUUCACUCAGGAGCUGGCGCAAAGAUGGAAGCAACGGGGCAUAUCUGUUUUUUCUGUGCAUCCUGGCAAUAUGGUUUCGACACAGCUGUCGCGAAAUUAUUGGUUUUAUCGAUUGCUGUUUGCCGUGGUACGGCCCUUUACCAAGUCCCUACAACAAGCGGCUGCCACGAGCAUCUACUGCGCCACAGCCAACGAGCUGACAGGGUUGUCAGGAUUGUACUUUAAUAACUGUUAUUUCUGUGAGCCAAGCAAAUUGUCCAGGAACGAGGCACUGCAGAAGCAACUGUGGACACUAAGUGAACGACUCAUACAUGAACUAAUGGACCAACCAACAUAAAAAUAGACUAAAU